GAGUGCUGGGCAACUUUGCUCUCUCCUAUUUAAACCCAGCUUGCUCCCAACUUUCCCCUGCUAAUUUAAAACCCCAUUAUUUCUCUAUCAGCAAGAACCCCCCCUUAAGCGCUUUCUUCCUUCUUUACCAUGGAGUCCGAUCAUGAUUUUUGUUUAGAUAUCAUCUUUGAGAUCUUAACACGUUCAUCAAUGGAAACGGUAGAGAAAUGUAGGCUUCUUUCCAAGGAAUGUAACAAGAUCACCUAUGAGUCUACCUUUACCAAUCAUCAUAGCCAAAGAACUAACAUCAUCUCUGGCUUUUUUAUACAAAGCAUGAUCCGCAACAAAUUUUAUUCUUCCUUUGUGUCUGUUGACACCUUGAAGCCUUAUCCGAAAUUGUCCCUCAAUUUCUUACCUGCUAGCAUAGAGAUUGUGGCUUCAACAAACCAAGGUCUUUUGCUUUGUCAAACUCAUCAUCGACCACAAUAUUAUGUAUGCAAGCCUACCACCAAACAAUGGCAAAUAAUCCCAAAUCCAAAGAUGCGAUACCAAACUUUAGAAACUAGCAUGAUUGUGAUAGGAUCAAACCCUUUGCAUUACAAGAUAGUAAGAUUCUCAGAGCCAAAAACUCGCUAUCAAGAUAAAGAGUUUUAUCGAUAUCACUGGGUUAGAUGUGAGUUGUUUGAUUCAAAGACUUGGAAGUGGAAGCAAUUGGAGGAAGUAAAGUUGCCACAAACAGAGUUACUUAGUCGCAAUACUAACGUGUCUGUAAAUGGCUCGCUUCAUUGGCUUACCUGGAAAAGAAACGACAUAUUUGCAUUUCAUGUAAACAAGGAGAGCUACAGCAUGUUUUCACUUCCUUUACCAGUUUCUGAGGAUAACAAAAGCAAGGACAUUGCUCUUGUCAGAUACAAGGGAAAACUUGCCAUAACCUCCAUUGGUAGAGAAGAUAGUUUCAUGGAAUUAUGGGUCAUGGAGAAUUAUGACAGAAAGGAAUGGAACAAGACACAUACAGUAAACAUAGAAGCUUUAAGAAGAAAAGAACCCUAUACAAGGCCUGUGGCCUUCUGCAAUGCUGACAUUGCACUAAUGAAAGAACAUGAUCGAUGCGUGACGUUCUUUAACAUCACAAAUGGAAGUACUGAUAGGCUGUCAUUAGAGAAGAACUUAAAUCAUGGAUGUUUUCCAUUUCAAUCCAAUUUUGAGCUGAGUGAUUUGAUGGGUGACUCCGCGUCAAAACAGGUUUCGGACAAUACUUUGCUUUAAGUCAUACAAAUUUGUCUCUCAUUCUGCUGUAAAGCCUUCAGUUUAUUUGGCUUGAUUGUAGAUUUCUAAACAGUUAGAUUUUUGUAAUGGGAGAUUAAUAACGGCUGUGGAUUUUAAUUGUUUUUCUA